AGUAGCGUUAAGCACAUUAUCCGUGAGGUUAGAAAUAACUAAUUGCGAGUAACCUUAAUUAUAACGUUAAGGUAUGUACGACGUCCGGGUAUGCCCAGAUCGGAGGUGAUAUGAACCUACCAUUACACAGCUGUCAGAGAUCGCAGUGGUCUUCACCAUCGCGCACGUUGUGCGGAACGGUCUGUUGCGCUUCCCUUGCAAAUGUGAAGAAUUCACGGUCGCAAUGGGGAUACUGGAGAAGAUCUCGGAGAUCGAGAAAGAAAUCGCGCGAACGCAGAAGAACAAGGCGACCGAAUACCAUCUGGGCUUGCUGAAGGCGAAACUCGCCAAGUACAGGUCUCAGCUGUUGGAGCCGACAAAGAAGUCCGAGAAGGGCGAGGGUUUCGAUGUGCUGAAGUCUGGAGACGCUAGGGUAGCUCUCAUUGGCUUCCCGUCAGUUGGCAAGUCCACUCUGCUCAGUACCUUGACACAUACCGAGUCGGAAGCUGCCUCCUACGAAUUCACCACCUUAACGUGUAUCCCUGGUGUUAUCGAGUACAAGGGUGCAAAUAUACAGCUGCUGGAUCUACCUGGUAUCAUAGAAGGCGCUGCACAGGGAAAAGGACGAGGUAGACAGGUCAUAGCUGUUGCUAGAACAGCGGACUUGGUUCUGAUGAUGUUGGACGCGACCAAGCAGGACGUUCAGCGACAACUCUUGGAGAAGGAGCUGGAAUCAGUCGGGAUCAGACUGAACAAGAAGAAGCCGAAUAUAUAUUUCAAAGUGAAGAAAGGCGGUGGGUUGGCUUUUAACUCGACGUGUCCUCUUACGAAGGUAGAUGAGAAAUUAGUCCAGAUGAUCUUGCACGAGUAUAAGAUCUUCAACGCCGAAGUGCUGUUCCGCGAGGACUGCGGCGCAGACGAGCUGAUAGACGUCAUCAACGCUAACCGAGUAUAUUUGCCCUGCCUUUAUGUAUAUAACAAAAUAGAUCAAAUAUCGAUAGAGGAAGUCGAUCGAAUCGCUAGGCAACCCAAUAGUGUUGUAGUUAGUUGUAACAUGAAGUUGAACCUUGACUUUCUAUUGGAAACGCUGUGGGAGUAUCUGUGCUUAAUAAGGGUAUAUACAAAAAAACCUGGACAGCCGCCCGACUUCGACGACGGUUUAAUAUUGAGGAAGGGAGUCACGGUUGAACAUGUGUGUCACGCUAUUCAUCGUACACUCGCUCAACAAUUCAAGUACGCCCUUGUUUGGGGCACGAGUACCAAAUAUUCGCCUCAAAGAGUAGGACUGCAGCAUGUGAUGCAUGAUGAGGAUGUCAUACAAAUAAUGAAGAAAUAAGCUUCCAUGGGAAAUUUGUGAAACACUGUUAAAGAUAAAAUGCGAAUAGCAAUAUAGGCCUUACUUAGCCUUCUCUACAUUAAUACAUGACACACAUAUACACGAAUAAAUACAAACAGCCGACACCGGAAACUUGUCAAAUUCAAACGGUUUCAAAGCGAAUGUGUUUGAAUUACAUAUUUUAGGAAGCUUGUGGCCCCCCCACGAUCAUCGUUACAAUAAAAUUUUUGAAAAUAAAUUUUUAUAAUAUAGAGAAAACCACACAUUGUGAAGUUACAACGAAACUUUUACAUUAUUUAUAUUACCUCUUAAUGAUUGGCACACAGAGUAAU